AAAGACGGCCCCGACGGUUCGGCAGUCCCCAUCUACGUGCCCUUCCUCAUCGUUGGGUCCGUGUUUGUCGCCUUCAUCAUCUUGGGCUCGCUCGUGGCGGCCUGCUGCUGCCGAUGCCUCCGGCCCAAGCAGGAGCCCCAGCAGAGCCGGGCCCCGGGGGGCACCCGCCUGAUGGAGACCAUCCCCAUGAUCCCCAGCGCCAGCACUUCCCGAGGGUCUUCGUCCCGCCAGUCCAGCACAGCGGCCAGCUCCAGCUCCAGCGCCAACUCGGGGGCCCGGGCGCCCCCCACCAGGUCGCAGACCAACUGUUGCUUGCCCGAGGGGACCAUGAACAACGUGUACGUCAACAUGCCUACGAACUUCUCGGUGCUGAACUGCCAGCAGGCCACCCAGAUCGUGCCCCACCAGGGGCAGUACCUGCAUGCCCCCUACGUGGGGUACCCAGUGCAGCAUGACUCGGUGCCCAUGACCCCUGUGCCCCCUUUUCUGGACAGCCUGCAGACAGGCUACAGGCAGAUCCAGGCCCCCUUCCCUCACACUAACAGUGAACAGAAGAUGUACCCCGCUGUGACCGUGUAACGCAAGGUGUGGCCGGUUCCCGUGCCAGACAGGAGAGCAGAAGCUGUGGACUCGGGAAGGAUGCUCCAGGUGGAAGUUCGUGCGUGGUGGGGCUGUUCAUGGCACGAUUCUCUCGGAUGGCUUCAUUUGCCCCCAAACUGUAUGAAAACGUCUUUUCCCGAAUUAGCGUUUCUGGAUUUGCUUCGUCCCGGUGCGUGAUUGAUUUAUGAUGGGAAAGCACAUCACCUGGAGAUGCCCGUGUUGUUGACGAUGACGUUGUGUGACAGAUGUGAGCCCUUAAGUGCCCUUGAGGUAUGGUGUCAGAAGAACUUUGGAAACCGGUGGAUUAAGGGGUUUUAUUGUUUCAUCGUUAUUCUUUUUUGCUUUUUAUUGUACAAGAUCAGAAUACCUGUUCUCUCCCUUUGGCCUGGGCCAGUUUUUCAAUAAGCAUCUAUGGUUUAGGGGGAGAUGUGGAGAACAACUAUUAUAAAAGGAAACCAGUUUGAACUCUGAGGUUAAUCACUGACUUCAGUGUUUCCCAUCUUAAUUUCAUUGUAAAAAGAUACCUAUAUAUUGUCUAUUUUUGUGCUUUUUGGGGUCUAUUUUGUGCUUUUUUACCUUGUGUAGAAAUCUUAUUACAAAGUGAUUUUCUACAUUAAAAAGAGACUGAAAGAAAUUGCAUGGUUCCUUAACUAAUGCCCUUGAUGAACUCUGGGAUUGUUUUAAUCUCGAAGUAGCCGGUGGUAUGGUCAUAAAACCCUCCCCCUUCGCGAUGGUAUCUCCUAAAUCUCUGCCUUCACAGUGACAUCUGAGAAGAAGUAAUUAGAUGUUUUUAUACUGAAAUCAUAAACUCAAAUCACCCGCUUCUUCUCCAAGUUACUUUCAGUGUUGCCAUGUGGUGUGACUUGGCAUUUCAUUCUCUUUGGUGUUCGAUCUCCAAGUCUACGUAGCACCGAGUGAAGGUAACUACUGUUGUCAUAAAUGAGGAUCAGCGUCUCUGCCUGGGUCCGAUAAAAACAUUUUCUUCUUUUCCCUAUAAAAAUCCAAAGAAAUGCUUUACAGAGACGCCUAGUGAAGGUCCUCAGCCGUAAUCUGAGACUUGGGAUGAAAUUUAAACCGCAGAUACGACUGACUUUGCAAACCAGGGGCUUUCUAUACUGUCGUUAUCAAAAUGGCUUGUUUUUCGGGCAGUCGGGACUAGUAAGUCGAGACAAAGCUUUUCAAAGAGAUACAGCCUUUCUCCCCCACAAAGUUAGUUUUUGUUUUCCUCUUAGUCCUCAGCAGGCCCUGUAUUCAUUACCAGUGGUCUGAAAUUCAAGUGAGUUUAUUUGUGCAUUGUUUACUUAUAAGUUGAAGUGUGUGCAAGUCAAGCUCCACCUGCUAGCAAAACCAAGACUUCUAAUUAACGAUGGUGAGGUAUGGCCUUGUACAUAUCUGCGUCUCCAUCUGUAGUCAUCUGUCAUCAGUCAGCUGUCCCUUCUGUCACCUCUCUCUGUCUUUACCCAUCAUCUCUCUGUCUCGUGACUGAAUAAUGUAAAACCACGUUGGCAAUUGGUAUCAGCGAAGAUACUGUCAGAUUUUUUUAAUAACGGAAGGCAGGGGAAAAUCAUUUUGCUUGUGAAUAAAUAUUUUAUGGUAUGAACUCC